AUGCUCCAGAGCAGACAGAGAGUUCUCCAGAAACCACGGAACAGCUGCUGGAAGCCUGGAGCCGAGCUUGCGUGUCGCUGCCCUGAGGACCCGGACCCUGCUCCAUGGCCGGGUAAGCUUUAUGCGAGCAGAAAUAUUUUACAAAAAAUAUUCAAAAGUAUUUCAUUCAGGAUGGAUAUUCAUCGGUGUCGAUUUGUGGACUACACGCCCCACACGGUGACAUCGCUUGCGUUCUCGCACAACUCAGUGAGCGACGUGUGCCCGCACGAGCUCCGUUUGGCCGUGGGGCGCGCCGACGGGUCGAUAGAGGUGUGGAAUCCGCGAGGAAGACAUACCAACUGGCUCAAGGAGCACGUAAUUCCCGGGUGUCGGGGCAGAUCCGUGGAGGGGCUCGUGUGGUGCAGCAACGAGGGGCAGCCCAGACUAUUUUCCAUUGGCGGAUCGACGUAUUUGACCGAGUGGGACGUUUCGCAAAGCAUUCCUUUACAGAACAACGACUGCAAUGCCGGAGUCAUAUGGUCUCUUGCCGCCAACCAGUCGCAGAAUAAGAUUGCGGUGGGUUGCGAGGACGGCUCAGUGGUGAUAAUAGACAUUUCUGGAGGUCCUGGCGUGAUGGAGCACGAGCGGAUCUUGCAAAGACAGCAGUCACGGGUGCUGAGUUUAUGCUGGUAUAAAGACGAUAUGAUCAUCGGCGGAUGUGCGGACGGGCGAAUCAGGUGCUGGGAUGUCAAGGGACAGUUACUACAGACACUAAGAGUCGACAAGUCGAAGACAGAGAGCACGCUUGUGUGGAGCCUCUACAUGGUUGCAAAUGGGAGCCAGCUGGUUUCCGGAGACUCUACGGGAAGCGUCAAGUUCUGGGACAUGAAGCAUUUUGUGCUGCAACAGAGUUUCAGCGUCCACGAGGCUGACGUUCUGACUCUGACAGGAGACAUGAGCGGCACCACUGUGUUCAGUGCCGGAGUGGACCGCAAGAUAUUCCAGUUCCAGCUGGUCGACAAGGGGAAAAAAACACAUAAAUGGAUGAACAGCUCCAACAGGCUGCUGCAUGGCAACGAUGUGCGUGCCAUGGCGUCGUACGAGUCGCGCAACUUGGACCUUUUAGUCAGCGGUGGUGUGGAAAGAGUGGUUGCCGUGAAUUCUCUCAGAAACUUCCAAAACAGCAUGGUGUUCAAGCUCCCGCUGAACGCCAACAACGUGAUAGUAAACGACGAGCACAGACUGUUGGUGAUGUGGCAGGACCAGACGGUGAAAAUAUGGCGUUUUCUGGACAACCAGGAGAAGACGCUGAGCGCCAAGCUCACGCUUUCAGACCCCGAGAGCAUUAGCGACGUUGCCCUCUCCAAGAACGGAAGGUAUUUAGUUGUCUCGCGUCUGAGCGUUGUCCGCAUAUACGAGCUGAUCGAGACAGACACAGCCAAGCUGCAGGUGGUGAAAGUGCCGGCCACCAAACUGGAGAACCUUGGUGCCAAGAAAGUGCGCGUUCUGGACGGUUUGGGGCUCAUCCUGCUGGUGACUAACAGCAACGAGUACCUGAGUGUCCGCUUCAACGUGGAAGACGACGACGACGUGUCUGAGUUCGACGAAGACCAGGAAGCGGUCGAGUACGACGUGGAGAACGAGUGCGAGCUUUUGGACGCCAGCCAGGACUCUCGGCUCGUUGCCUGUGCUGGCUACAACGGCAAGAUCUCUGUGCUGGACCUCGGGUCUGGCGAGGCGCGCGUGCUGGUGAGACUGAACGAGGUGCCGACAGCUCUACGGUUCACGUCGAACGACACGCUUCUGGUGGCUACGAUGGAACACAGGCUCUUUGAGUUUAAUCUGGUGGGCGAGCUGCACACCGAGUGGUCCAAGAAAAAUAGCGAGAACAUGCCGCAACCGUUUCUGUCGCUGCCUGGCCAGCCGUACGGGGUCUUCGAGACCCCCGACCGGUUCUGGGUGUACGGCACCAGCUGGAUUGCAUUUUUCGACGCGAAAACAGAACUUCCUCAAAAGCAGGCCAAGGGCCGCAAGCGUCCAAGAGGCAAGCCGAACGGGGUGAACGGCUCUGCCAACGACAGCACAGAAAAAGAGGCGUCUGACAAGACGUUCUGGUUCACGAACAAGUACAAGAACCUGCUGUUGGCCGACAGACUGUCGGACGACGAGCUGGUGGUGGUCGAGAGACCCGUGGAGGAGAUGCCUUCGCCGCCAGCAUUUAAGCUGGUGAAAUAUAAUAUAUAG